CUUGCCGGGUGGCAAAGGGCUUAACACCAUUGCACCAGCAAACAGGGUUUAGUUACACUGAGGCAGGCCAGCUCAAGCAGGCAGAGGAAUUUGAGGUUUGCAACCUGAACUUCUCCUCAUCGUGGUCCCUGGAGUCCAGCAGUGAGAAGGAAGUGACAGGGUGCAGAGCAGAGUUGAACAUCAAGAGCCAGACUGUCUCACCAGCACUUCCACGUGGUGGGAAGAUGGGGCAGCAAAGUGGGAAGCAGUGCCCAAACCGCAGUUGUGGGCACCUCAGCAAAUUUGUGAGCCGUAGCAUGGAGACAGUUGUGGUGCCUGGAGAUGAAAGACACCAUCCCACUUGCUCUUUCAAGAGCAGAAGCCUGGAACGCUCGCUUAUGUUUAAAGAGCCUCCUGAAGUCCUGACACCGAGGAAGUUUCGGGUCUCCUCUACACACCUGCCUCUCAAAGGGAUCCUGAAGCAGACCAACAUGACAGGCCCACGCCAUGAGAGCUUACGCAAGUCCCACUCAGUAGAGACGCUUUGCCGUGGCUCACGAAAGUACGGUGAUCCUCAGCUCUGCCUCAGCCAUAGGGAGAAGUGCUCACUGGAGCACAGCAGCAGCAGUGCCACUGACUCUGUCAAGCGCAGGGAGAAGAUCACAGAGGAAAAACUGCAGUUCUCCAAAUUCCUGGAUGAGAUUACCCAGCGAGUGCUGAGUCCCAUCCGCUUGCGCUCGCUGGGCGAGACCAGGGGAGCAGAACAAGACCAGAACUCUCCCCUUUGCCCCAGAAGCUCUGUGCCAGAAGGCCAAGGGGAAGGUCACCUGCAAGGGGUAAAAACCAAGCGUGCAACUGAAAGAUCCCCCUGCCCAAGCAGAAGAAAAGCAGAAAUGAAAUGUGAGGGUCUGGGAAAGGCUUCGUGCCAGAGAAAGUGUGCUGAGGAGGCUAAGAGAGCUUCCAGACUAAGAAAGAAACCUACCCUUGGGAGGAAGGACAGUAAGGAAAAACUCCUUUCCUUGGAAAGAAGGGUAGUAGAUCUGUGUCAGUAUGAGCUGCAGCAGCUGACAGACCUGGGGCUGGCAGGGACAUCCUCUGGGCAGCAGCACUCACUGUCUUCAUGGAAAAGCAGUGCAGAGGACAGGAGGGAUGAAAGCAGUCCCUGUUCACGGCUAUUACAGCCACACCAUCUGUGUGCUAAACUUGGGCAGAAGCGUGCAGUGGAGCCGAACUACCCAGAGAAAGGAUCCUUCUCCACUCCAACAGGCUGGAGUCGGGAGGAGGGGCCUACCCCAUCUAGAUCCUCCCCUUCCUUCAGCCUGGCACUAAACAAGGAACCCUUGACGGAUACAGAAAGGAUGAAGCUACUGCAGCAUGAGAAUGAGGAGCUGCGCCGAAGGCUGACAUAUGUGACUAACAAAAUGGAGGCGAUGGAGAGGGAGCUGGAGUCAGGUCAGGACUACCUGGAGAUGGAGCUGGGCCAGAACCGUGAGGAGCUGGAAAAAUUCAAGGACAAAUUCCGUAGGUUGCAGAACAGCUACACUGCUUCCCAGAGAACCAACCAAGACCUGGAGGAGAAGCUGCAUGCCCUGGCCUCUCUCAGCCAAAGCUGGAUUUUUGCAAUUAAAAAGGCAGAGAUGGACCGUAAGACGCUGGACUGGGAGAUUGUAGAGCUCACUAAUAAAUUGCUUGAUGCCAAAACCACCAUCAAUAAGCUGGAGGAACUCAAUGAACGCUAUCGACAGGACUGUAACCUUGCAGUACAGCUGCUCAAGUGUAACAAGUCGCACUUCAGGAACCACAAGUUUGCUGAUCUUCCCUAUGAGCUGCAGGACAUGGUCAAUAAGCAUUUGCACAGCACUCAGGAGUCUGCAGGCCCUGGUCAAGAGGCAACCCACACCUUGGCUCCAUCUGAUGUUGUGCCUACCUCAGUCAUUGCCAGAGUCUUGGAGAAACCAGAAUCUCUGGUUCUGAAUUCAGCCAAGUCUAGCAGUGGCAGCUGUCCCAUGGCUGAGGAUGUCUUUGUGCAUGUGGACAUGAGUGGAGCCCCUCCUGAUGCCUGCAACAGCACAGGGCAGAUGGGAAAGGAGGGAGGAGAUGCGGGGAAACAGCAGAACGGUGGCUGCAAGCCACAGAGCAGCGUGGAAAAUGUCCCAGAGGAGGUGCCUGCCUUUGAGAAGCUAAGCCCGUACCCUACACCCUCACCUCCCCAUCCUAUGUACCCUGGGCGCAAAGUGAUUGAGUUCUCUGAAGACAAGGUAAGGAUCCCAAAGAACAGCCCCCUGCCCAACUGUACUUAUGCUACGCGCCAGGCCAUCUCCCUCAGCCUGGUGCAGAGCGAAGAUGAAAGCUGCGACAGGCACCGGACGCUCCCCAACAGCCCUGCUUCAGAAGGGUGCCGUUCUGCCUCCAGCUGUUCCUGUCAGCAGUCCCCCAAAGCAGCCAGGGCUCACGGCUCUUCCCAGAGCAGCCCAUUCAGCAGCCCUCCCCAAAUUCCGAGCGCCUUCGCCAGCUCUGCCAGCUCCGAGGAGGACCUGCUGGCCAACUGGCAGCGUAUGUUUGUGGACAAGGCACCCCCUACCUCAGAGCGGGUGCUGAUGAACCGCACAGCUUUCAGCUGCGACACAGCCCCUGAGCUCCAGAAGAGGUUCAGCCGUUCCAUGCAGGAGCUGGGUAGGGCAGCCGCAGCUUACUCGGAUGGUGAGGAGUCCGCGCAGAGCUGCAGCUGGACCGUGAGCCGGGACUCGAGUGUGGACACAGACAGCACUGAGUCCAGAGCCCGCAGGAGCCGUUUCUCUUCAGACUAUGGUACAGAUUUCUCCCAGGAUGAAGCCCAGAAGCUGUUGCAGGAAAGCGGUGGAGGCACUGCUGACCCUGGAAGCCCCUCACCAGAGAAGCACAAGGACUAUGUGGACCUUGGCUUGCCUGAGAGCCAAGCUGAGGAGAGAGAAAUGUUGCUCCAGGGAAGCAAGGAGAGCAACCAAGGAGGUGCCCCAGAGGAAAGUGGAGAAGGCAGGGUCAAGCCUUCCUUCAGUCGGCCACACCGCAGCCCCAAGAGGAUGGGGGUCCACCACUUACAUCGCAAGGACAGCCUGACACAAGCCCAGGAGCAGGGCAACCUUCUCAGCUGAGGCAGGGCAAGAAGCAGCCGCACGCUGCAGAGCUGUGGAAUGCCUCCAUCUGUCUACCUUCUGAGGGAGAAACCUCCCUUAGUACCCUCCUCCAAGGGGGCCUCUGCUCUGAAAUUUUAUAUUUAUUUUCUUCUUCUGCUACCUGGAAGAGCUGGGGUCCCCCUUCCCUGGCACCUCAGAUCCACAGUACUAGCACACACAGUGUGCAGAAGCACACACAAACACACUGCCCCAGCACACUCGCAGCUCUCUUCACAGCCUCACACUGGUGCCUGUACCAGAGCUCGUUCUUGGUACCCCUCGUCCUGGUGCCUGUGCCUCUUUAUGCUCGCAUCUUCUUUCCCCCUUCCCUCUCAGGUACCUGAGGCCCUGGGUGCUCUCAUGCUGGUUGCCCGCAGCUGCUCUGCUCUCUUUUUACUUGUGCCAACAGGGCAGAAUGCCUGUGUGGUGGUGUCUGAUUCCCUGGGAGCCCCCAGGGGCUGUGAGUGGGGCAGUGGAUGGCUAUGUGCCCCUGGGGAUGUGCUGGAAUUGCUGGUGUCUCAUUUUCCUGCUGGGUUUUGUUUUCCCCAGCUGCCCUCCAGGUGGUUCUCCAGAAUCUGCCUCUGCAGGUCCCCAUCGCUGGGCUCCUGUGUUAGGCUCAGCACCCGGCCCCCACGGAGGCAACACAUGGAUGCUGGUGCUGUGGUGUGGGGCAUGGGUGUUGUCUGCCGAGAUGGUUCGGGCAGGCACUGCCUGCUAGGCACUGGGGUUUGUGUUUGAGUCUCUGCUCCCUCACACCUCUUCCCCCGCUCUCUGCGCUGUUGUUUUGUUUGAACGGUGCUGAUGCUUUGCUCUUGGGUGGGCUUCUCUCUUCUUUCCAAGCCUUUGGUUUUGGGGUGUAUUGUUUUUUCUUUCUCCCCGCCCUGCAUAAAUAGACACAGCCGUUGGCAGCCAGUCCGAUGCCUAUGUUGAGGGUGUGUUGAGGAGGCUCAGCUCUCAGAGCUGCGCUUCCCUCUGAUCCUGGCCUCCAGCCUGCAGAAACCCCUCCAGACUCAAGAACAAGGUCUCGCCCUGGGCAAGUAAGGCAUGAAGGAUGCUACUGGGCUUUUCUGGGCAGGGCUGGCAGGGUUGCGAGGGCAGCGUGCUGAGGAGCUGCUCCCUGUAGACGCACUACCUCACGGCUCAGCAGCAGCCCUUUGCCAGGGUCUCCUCACACGCCCCCCCUUCUCCGGGGGGCUCCAGGCUGGCUCUGGCGCCUCUCCGGGGCCUCCCCUUCUGGGUAGGGCCUCUCUGCGUGUUUUUCCUAGCGUAUCGUGAUAUUAUGUGACUUUUCUUCUCAGUCUUGUGUGCUUGGUGUCUUGGGGGGGGGGGGGGGGGAGGUCUGUAGAUGUAGGUAUUUUUUCGAGGGCUUACAGAGCCCAGGGGUCCCAUUUUAAUUUUGUCCUGUGCCCUUGUCUGGUGUUUCUUGGCUCCCCCUGGGGUGCGAGGCAGAGAAUAGCCUGGUUACCUGUGCUGUGCCCCCCUCAAACCCCGCUGGCUGUCUUCAGCCUGCUGUCUGGUCUUUGAGUUGAGUUUGUGUUGUCCUCCCACCCUACUCAAUGAGGACUCUUCACUGGGCUGUAGGAGAGCAGCCCUCUGUCCAGGAGGGAGCUCCCGUUCACAUGCUUACAGCAAGAUGUACAGCCAAGAGCUGCCUGGGGGCCCUGCUCCCCUCCCCAAAACCCUGUCUCUGCAAAAGGCCUGCAGCUUGCAGCUGGGGCCAGCCAGGGCUUCAGCUCGAGCCUGGAGGCUCCAGGGCCUGUGACAGGGAGCUACAGGCCUCUCUGGCGGCUGUGUAGGUUGCUUUAUGUAUCCUGGCUAGAGCUGCUGCCUACACACUCACCUUGUUUCCCACCUGGAACAGUUGUGGAGCUGGAUGCCACCCUCUGGUGGGGAGGUGGGACUCAGCAUUUCACUACAGUAUUUUGCUUGAUCCCUGUGCAAACAGGCUGGUGCUGAGAGCAGGAGCCUCCUCUGAGCCCACAGGGUGUUCAUCUCCCCUGUCCUGAACGUGGUGGUGGGGUCCUUGCGUUUGCUCUCAUCAGUGUCUCCACUGCUGCAUUCCUUCUGUUCUUCUGCAGUGUUGCUGAGGGUUUGCACCUGCAGUGGCUGCCAGCUCCUGCCUCACGGACAUCACCUGGGGUUGGAUGCUCACUGAGUGAGCCCCUUGCUCUGAGGCUGCUAGUGGCCUGCCUGUGGGAGAGCACAGCCACUUGGGCAGUAAGGGAGGCAUUGCCCCUCAGGGCUCAGCCCCAUCUCCCCUGAAUCCUAGCAUGCUGAUCAGAGGACAAAACCACUCUUGCUGAAGCAGCUGGUGCUGAUGGUGCUGGGCAGAACCAGCCUCCCUCUGCUUUUGGUCAAGGUAGACUUAAAAGCAAAACAAUGGAGAAAUGGAGGGGUGGCAAAAGGGUGCCCAGUGCCUCACCAGACACUUCUGCUUCACAGCAUUAGGCUGCUGGCAGAGGUUGAGGGGGAGUGGUGGCCUCAAGAGGAGCAGAGCCCUCUCCCAGUGGGCAUGGUGCCUGCCCUCUGCACUCCAGCAGUAUUGGCUCUGGGGUCUUGAGCUGACCCCACUUUCAGUGUCCCAACUCCAGACUGUUAAUCUGUAACUAAUGUGGGUUUUUUCUGAAAUUUUCAAACUGAUGUAUAUUUUAAGACCAGAAAUAAACUAUUUUAAAAGUA